AUGGAUUACAACAAAUACUUCCGCCGCUACGCCGAGUCCAUCAUCGGACAAGACGAGCACGAUCCCGCGGCUCUCUCAGAGUCCGGCUAUGCAACCUACGACUUCGUCGUCGUCGGUGGCGGCACAGCGGGAAUCGUGGUUGCGACUCGUCUGAGCGAGGAUCCCACUAUUCGGGUUCUUCUUCUUGAAUCAGGCGGCGAACAUGAUGAUGAUCCUAGGACUCACAUUCCCGGGCUUGCGACGCAGGCGUAUGGGGAUCGGGAAUUAGAUGGGAGGAUGAAUUCUAUCCCACAGGAACAACUAAACGGCCGCCAAAUCCCCGCAACAGCGGGCAAGACACUUGGCGGCUCAUCGACAAUCAGCUUCGGGAUAAUGACAUACCCCUCGCGAGUCGGAAUGAACGCCUGGGAAGCACUCGGCAACCCCGGCUGGAACUGGGACGGCAUCGCACCCUACCUCAAGAAAUUCCAAAUGGCCGCUCCGCCACCACUCGAGGCGCGCGCGCAGUUCGAAGGUCUGAAGUGGGAGCCGACGGACCAGGGACGCAAAGGACCUGUCAAACUGGGUUUCGGGGCGGAGUAUACGCCCUACCAUGUUGCCUGGUGGAAGGCGUUUCAGUCCCUUGGCUACUCGCAGACAGAGGACCAGAUCAAGGGCGGCAGCGCUGGCCCGUUCAUCCCUCCGGUCGCCGUUGAUCCCAAAGCAAACACACGCAGCCACGCUGCCUCUGCAUAUCUCAUCCCUGAAGUCCGCGCCCGCGGGAGCCUCCGCAUCGUAACAGGCGCGCACGUCGAAAAACUCCGCCUAUCAGACUACAUCGCCGAACCACUAGACAAGCCCCAAACCGUCGUGGCCGUAAGCUACACCCAGAACGGAAAAUCCCGGCGGGCCCACGUCGUCGGCGAGGUUAUUCUCGCCGCGGGAGCCCUGUCCACCCCGCACAUCCUCGAGAUCUCGGGGAUCGGCGAUCGGAAGAGGCUCCGCGGGAUUGGGAUUCCGAGUUUUGUGGAUUUACCGGGUGUUGGUGAGAAUUUGCAGGAUCACCCUGUUGUGCCGUUUAGUUAUGAGCUGGAGGAUGGCAUGCCUUCGGAUGAUGUGGCUCGGGAGCCGGAUGAUGUUGUCAGCGCUGUCGAGGCGUAUCAGAGGGAUCGGUCGGGGCCGUUGGGGAUACCGAUGGUCUCUGCGUUUAUGCCGUGUCUUGACCUUCAGUUCGAGGAUCGUGUGAAGCUGCUCAAGAAGAUCGAAGACUUGACCCAGGAUGAGGAGCUCCCGGUUAUGUAUCGCAAGCAGUACCAGCUAAUCAAGCAGAUGCUGCAGGAUCCGGACGAACCGACUGGUCAAUAUACCCUCGUCCCGUUUCAGAUGCAUCCUCGCGCAGGUCCAAAGCCGCGACAUAUCUUCCGCAAGAAGCAUGCUGGGAACUUUGUGAGUAUACUCUCGAGUUUGAACCACCCCCUCUCGCGAGGCUCCGUGCACAUCACUUCUCAAAACCCCUGGGCCCCGUCAGCCAUCGACCAUGCGAUUCUGCGAGACCCCAUCGACCUAGAACUGCACGCGCGACAAACCAUGUGGGCUGACGAACUCAGCGAUACACCCGCCAUGGCCCCUGUGUUGAAGAAGGGCGGCGCACGCCUACAUUCCAGUCGCCAAGUCAAGCAUCUAGGCAAAGCCCAAUCCCUCUGCAAAGACCUGGCUCUCUCAAUGGGCGCUGUCAGCGGAACCUGCGCGAUGAUGCCGCUGGAAGAUGGAGGCGUCGUCGAUGCGAGUUUGAAAGUAUACGGGACGGCGAAUCUGCGCAUUGUAGACGCGAGUAUCUUCCCUCUUCUUCCGAGGGGAAGUAUCGAGGCUACGGUCUAUGCUGUCGCGGAGAAGGCGGCGGAUAUUAUCCGGGAUGAGUUGAAUUUGUUGUCUGGUUAA